CUCCAGACUGGCUACUCUUCUUCUCCGGUAAUGGCGUGCUGCUGCACAGACUUUUAAACUCGGCUCCGAAAUUACUUGAAGUCUCCCGUUAAAAAUUGCAACCCCGCCUUAUUCGAAGAACAGUUCAAGAUGCCUGUGGCUGUGGGUUCAUAUGGUCAAAACCAGCCCAGCUGUUUCGAUCGGGUUAAGAUGGGCUUCAUGAUGGGAUUCGCAGUAGGAAUAGCUGCUGGUGCCAUGUUUGGCACUUUCUCCUGUCUGAGAGUGGGGAUGCGUGGCAGGGAGCUGAUGGGAGGAGUCGGCAAAACCAUGCUUCAGAGUGGAGGCACGUUUGGAACCUUCAUGGCCAUCGGUAUGGGCAUCCGCUGCUGAGGAGGACCAGGAACCACCUUCACCACAACCAUGGGACUUUUGUAAAAACUACAGCUGUGACCCUCACUCUGCAGUCUAGUUUUGUCAAUAAAGGUUCACAUCAUCA